AUGUCUGUGUCUAUACGUCGAGUGCCCUUUGUAUCUCAAUAUUCAACGCAAGCUGGUGCACCCAAGACGGAGGAUCAACAACAAGACAAAACUGCAAAGGAAGCCGAACAAGAGAGUCAUGAAAAUAAUAUCGAGAAGGAGCUGGGACCCUUGGCUCGACGGCUGGAAGAAGCUACAGAGGAAGCCCUCUUUACCGGUGGAAGAGCCGGACGUAGGGCCGUUGAGGAUGCCGGUUUCUCGGAAGAGCUCAAGGAAAGACUGUUGAACAAAAUUGCAGAUGCAAAUUUCAAAUCUGAAAAUGCCAACGCCUUUGCCGCGGUCGGUCUCUCAUUGACAGCAGGCGAGGGAACGCGGCACAUCGCCUCCGCGCAGGCGUGGACUGGAGAAGAGGGCACUGCAGACACGGUACUUCGAAUGCUCGAUGAUGCAAAGAAACCUCUUGCCACAGGCCUAAGGGGCAAGUUCCAACCUUCUCCGGUUGAUAUGCGACUACAGAAGCAACCACGGCGAUCAGCCGGAGAGAAAGUCGCCAAAGCGAGGGAUAAGGUGAACACCUACGUCGGAAUGGGUGGCCAACAAGCCAAAAAUGGUAUGAGUGAAGAUGAAAAAGAGGCUUGGAGAAAAGAGCUGAGGGAGAGGUUUGAGCCCGGAGCCCGAGCGUUACCAAACUCUAUCACGGGUCUCGCAGCACUGGCGAAUGAACGCAUCGAGAACGCUAUUGCGAGAGGACAGUUCAAGAAUAUCCCCCGCGGAAAGGGAAUUGAGCGUGACGCUCGCGCUGAUAACCCCUUCAUCGACACGACGGAGUAUAUCAUGAACAAAAUGAUUCAAAGACAGGAUAUUGUCCCACCCUGGAUUGAGAAACAACAGGAGGUUGCCAAAGAGCUAGGCAUCUUUAGAGCUCGACUACGGAACGACUGGCGACGCUUUGCUGCGAGGAUGAUCGCUUCACGGGGAGGAUCAUUACAAGAGCAGAUUCGAAGAGCAGAAGAAUACGCUGCAGCAGAAGAGGUGCACAACCCAAUUAUACGGAAGAACGCUGAUGGACAAGUGGAAGAGAUCAAGGCUGCCUCGCCGGUGGUUGGACGGCCAUUUCGAGAUUCAGCGUGGGAACAAACUGAAGCGGCAUAUCUCAAGCUGUCGAUUGAACGUCUUAACGCCCUGACACGAAGCUAUAACCUGAUGGCGCCGGAUCUAGCAAAGAAGCCGUACUUUUCACUCGAGCGAGAACUCAAAGCGUGCUUUGCUGAAGUUGCGCCUACAGUGGCUCGAGAGAUUCAGGAGCGUGCGACGGGCGGAAAAGCCAGGAGUCUGGGAGGAGGGGGUCAAACGGGCAAACAGACGGGUUUGUUAGAGGCAUUGACUGGAGGGGGCGAUGUCAAGGUCCAUGUUGAAGCACAGGAGAAAGCAUAUGGGCUAAAGGAGUGGUGGAGAGACGUGUGGAAGAAGAAUUGA